AACCACCACCAACUGAGCAUCACGACAUCUAUCCCACUUCAGAUUUCCAGCUGAAAACACAAAGGCCAAGAAACCAACCAUGGCUGGUGCCAAGAGACUUGCUCAACUGGCAAAGAAGUGGCAGAGGGUGGAAGCACUUGGGAGGAAGAGGCUCACGGUAUCAGCCAAAGAAGAUCACGACUGCUGCAGUUCUGUGCCAGCCAAGGGCCACUGUGUCAUGUACACGGCCGAGGGGAGGCGUUUCGAGGUACCCUUGGAGUACCUCAGCACGACGGUCUUCGGCGAGCUCCUGAGGAUGUCUCAGGAGGAGUUUGGCUUUGCAAGCGAUGGAAAAAUCACACUGCCUUGCGAUGCGGCAGUGAUGGAGUAUGUCAUGUGCUUGCUCAGGAGAAACGCCUCCGCCGAGGUCGAGAGUGCGUUGCUGAGAUCCAUGGUGACGCCUUGCCACUACACUGGCUGUGCAAUGCCUACCGUCGGAGCCAGCCAGCAGAUUUGCUGUUUGUAGCUUCUCAAGAACAUGCAUGCGGAGGCCCUGAUGAUGUCCUCUGUUUUGAGUACUUUGCAUGGGUACGUAGUGUAAGAUAGUUAGACAUUAGAUAAUAGGGAGCAGGAAAAUUGUAUGUAUAGCAAUCUGAUCAUCAAUGCAACAAAGCAGCA